CUGUUACCACUAACUAUUACUUGCAAAAACGAGACUGCUUUGUGUUUUUUGUUGCUGCUUACGGCGAGGGACGAAAAUUACACGUAAAUUAUAGAAAAUAAGUGAAUUUAUCACCAGACCACAAAGUAUCAACAUACCCCAAAGCCGCAUAAAAUGGAUCGUUUGCUUCGUCUUGGAGGCGCCAUGCCACAGGCUGCUCCACCCACAGAUGCUCCCGUAGUGGACACUGCCGAGCAGGUCUACAUCUCCUCUUUGGCCCUACUCAAGAUGUUAAAGCACGGUCGAGCCGGCGUGCCCAUGGAGGUGAUGGGUUUGAUGUUGGGCGAGUUUGUGGAUGACUACACGGUGCAAGUCAUUGAUGUGUUCGCGAUGCCCCAAACGGGAACUGGAGUUUCCGUCGAGGCGGUGGACCCUGUCUUCCAGGCGAAGAUGUUGGACAUGUUAAAGCAGACGGGACGACCGGAGAUGGUGGUUGGCUGGUAUCACUCGCAUCCUGGAUUCGGCUGCUGGUUGUCUGGUGUCGACAUCAACACGCAGCAGUCGUUCGAAGCCCUGUCGGAGCGAGCCGUUGCCGUCGUAGUCGAUCCUAUUCAGUCAGUGAAAGGCAAAGUGGUGAUCGAUGCAUUCCGUCUGAUCAACCCCAACAUGCUGGUGCUCGGCCAGGAGCCAAGGCAGACCACCUCAAACCUGGGUCACCUGCAAAAGCCUUCAGUGCAGGCGUUGAUCCAUGGCCUGAAUCGCCAUUACUACUCGAUCAGCAUAAACUACCGCAAGAAUGAGCUGGAGCAGAAGAUGCUUCUCAAUCUGCACAAAAAGUCCUGGAAGGACGGUCUCACGCUAUCCGACUACAAUGAGCAUUGUUCUAUUAACGAGGACACAGUGUCCGAGAUGCUUGAAUUGGCCAAGAACUAUAACAAGUCUCUUGAGGAUGAAGAGAAAAUGACGCCCGAACAGCUGGCGAUCAAGAAUGUUGGCAAACAGGACCCUAAGCGGCAUUUGGAAGAGAAGGUCGACAAGGUCAUGCAGAACAAUAUUGUGCAGUGCCUAGGCGCCAUGCUGGACACCAUAGUCUUUAAAUAAAUUCUUGCAUUUGCCUCCUUCUUCUUCAGAAUACCUCCCCUCAUCCCACAAAACCGCUAAGCUAAAUCGUAUUAACAAAAUAAAAACUGCUUUUGUUUGGAGCAAAGUUUUACAACAAA